AUGGUGGACCCCAUACCUGCAGAGGAGAAGGCGGGAGCCGAGGCUGGAGGCUCCGGAGGAGACGGAGCCGCCGCGUCCGUGCCCCCCGGCGCCCAGGGGGCCGAGCAGCCCGCGGCCUCUUCGGCCUCCGCCUCGGCCUCGGCCUCGGCGGCGGCGGCGGCGGCGGCGCCCCGCAAGGCUGAGGUCCCAUGCGCAGAAGGCGGGCGGCGGGAGCAGUCCCCGCUGCUGCACCUCGACCUCUUCAACUUCGACUGUCCCGAGGCCGAGGGCAGCCGCUACGUGCUGACCAGCCCCCGCUCGCUCGAGGCCUGCGCCCGCUGCGCCGUCAAACCGGUGGAGCUGCUGCCGCGGGCCCUCGCCGACCUGGUGCGCGAGGCCCCGGGCCGCUCCAUGCGCGUGGCCACCGGCCUGUACGAGGCUUACGAGGCGGAGCGGCGCGCCAAGCUGCAGCAGUGCCGGGCCGAGCGCGAGCGCAUUGUGCGCGAAGAGAAGCGGCGCCUCUUCACGCCCUUGGGCCACGCGGCCGCCGCGGCCCCGAUCCCGGCCUCCAGCGCGGGCGGCAGCAGCGGCAGCGGCAGCGGCUGCAGCAGCGCCAGCCUCCCGGCCUCGCCCGCGCCGCGUGCGGCCCGCAAGGCCUCCUCCAGUCCGUCCCCGGCUCGGCCCCAACCUGCGCCCGCGACCGCGGGCUCCCGGGCCGGUAGGAAAAGCCACUCCCUGGACUCCCUGUCCCGCCGGCAGCGGGAGGGCGCCCUCAGUUCUGAGUCCGGCGCGUCGUCCUCCUCCUACAGCGGGGAGAGCCUGCGGGAGAUGCGCUGGCCCCCGCGGGCGUCCGCCCGGAACAGCUGCCCCGCGGGCUCUUUGUCCUCGGCCCCUCACCCUCUGGGCCGCCCCUCGGCCCUGGCCCUGGCGCCACUCACGGCGCGCAGCUUCAGCCUCGGCGACCUGAGCCACUCGCCGCAGACCGCCAAGCACGUGGAGCGCAUCGUGCGCCAAGUGCGCGCCGAGCGGGGCCUGCGCGGGGUCCCCGAGCGCGACCGCAAGAUCGCGGCGCUGAUGCUGGCGCGGCACCAGGAGGAGCGCCUGCUGCUGGAGCAGCGCGCCGCGGCCCACGGCCAAUGGGAGCGGCAGCGCGCGUGCGCCGAGCGGCGCCGGGAGCGCGAGGAGCGCGAGAAGCAGCGCGCCCUGGAGAAGGGUCGCCGGGCCUGGGCCGCGCAGGUGGAGGAGCGGCGCGGCCGCCGGGGCCGCGAGGAGCGCGAGGCGGCCCGGCGACGGCAGCAGCAGUGCGAGCUCAGCGAGGAGCGGCGCCGGGAGCUGGCCGAGCGGCAGAGCCUGCUGCGGCGGGAGCGGGCGGAGCGCGCCGCCCGCGAGGACCGGCUGCGCAAGCUGCAGCAGGAGCAGAACCUGAAGCAGCGAGAGGAGGGCCUGCAGGAAGGGCGCGAGCGGGCCGAGCAAGUCCGCAGGGAGCGCGCCCAGCGCGCGGCUGGUACCAAGCAGCGGCAGGAGGGUCAGCUGCAGCGGGAGAAGCGGAAACUGAGCAGGGCCGAGCGGGCGCGCCACCAGGCGCUGCUCCAGGGCCGGGCCCGCCAAGAGCACGAGGAGCGCGAGGGCCUGCGGAGCUCCCUGGAGGCCAGCUUGGGGCGCGCGCAGGAGAACUACGAGCACUUGGUGGAGCAGCGCGCCCGGGAGUUGCGGGAGCGGGCCCGGAGGGAGGAGCUGCAGGGUCGGCGGGCCAAGGAGGCGGCGGAGCGCAAAGACCGCGAACACCAGGCGCACCUGGAGGCGCUGGCCCGGGCCGGCGAGCGGCGGCUGCAGCACGCGACGCAAGUGGCGGAGGAGGCGGUGCAGCAGAAGGCGCGGCGCGUGGGGCAGAGCCGUCUGGAGAAGGAGCGAGCGCAGCGUGCCAAAAAGGAGAAGGUGGAGAGGGACGAAGACUGCCGCCGGCAGGAGCUGCUCCAAGCCAUCGGGCGCAAGCUGGAGCGCAGCGAGCAGCUGUCGCGGGAGCGGCGGAGCGCGCUGGAGAGCGCGCGCUCCACGGCCCGGGCCUCCUUCCACGUGCGCGAGAAGGUGCGCGAGGAGACCAACACGCGCUCCUUCGACCGCAUGGUGCGCGAGGCCCAGCUGACCGCCAGCCUGGACCGCAAAUGA